AUGGAGGGCCCGCCACAGGCCCACGACGCCCUGAUGGACCAGGGGCUGCUUCACGAGUGGCACCCAGGUAUGUUCGUGGUUUUCAUCUCGCAUCAAUGGAUUGGAGCUGGGCACCCGGAUCCCUCUGGGUCACAAACGGCCGUGCUGCGUGGCGCUUUCUCCAGCUUCAUCGAUGGCUCGCUGCAGGUGGAGCCUGAUUUGAUAUCAAUGGAUAUAUCAAGUAUUUGGACGACACUGGUCGCAUUCAGCGAAGCGUACGUUCUAGAAAGAAGAUGCGCGGUUUUGACAAGGACGUCAGAGGGAAGUGAGAGAGGAACGAAUCGGGCAUUGUGUGUGCACGCGUGCCACCGGAGUGGCAAAAGAAACAGCUGUUACAUCGGUCGAGAGCUCAGACCCAAAAUGGCUACGGCUCAAGCCAGAGGGCUGCAUGAGUGGGUUUAG